AUGGACGAAAUGAGUCUGAAAACAAAUAUACGGCAGAUGGAAACGACAAUACGCGAGGUUACAGAAAAAAUCAGACUAAAGACAAAAUGGAUUAAUGUGCCCAAAGAGCCUAAGAUCGAACCUAUAGAGGAGGUGAAGGCAAAAGAGGAAGAAGAUAUAGAGAUGAUGAUAGAGGAACAGGAGAGGAUGGACAGAAUGAAAUCAGUACGGGAAUUUAAAGAGUAUUGUGCAGACUUAUUGGCCCAAAAAAUACAGGAAAGAGAUGACACAAACGCGGAGCUCAUAGAAUCCAUGGAAAAAGACCUCCAGUAUCUAGAAGGGGAAGAUGCCCAAGGUUAUAUAAAUAACGCUCUGGACUCCGGUGUACCGAAAGAAUACAUCAAAGAAAACCUUUAUCGGCCUAUCGGAUUAGAUGCAGUAACACCUGAGAGUGCACGAUCUGAAAAAACAACUCAAUUAAACAACGACAUUGAGCCUGGCGAUCAUGCAACAUCCACAAGAAAGAGUCUUGAUAUCUCUAGCUCCGUUAUUAAAGAGCCUAAAAAAUCACCAUCCUCAAAAAAAAUCGAAAUUGUUGUGGCUCACCAUCGCGAAGCGCUCGAGUGGCUUGGUCCAUUUCUCAGUCACCCGGGGGUUAAGAUUUCUAUCUAUUCAACAGGUGGCAAGAAACUUCCUCCAAUAUUUCACGCUCAUACCCAAUAUCUCCGUGAUAACGUGGACCAUGGUGUGGGACACACCUAUCUCUAUCAUAUAGUGGCCAGAUAUGACACCCUCCAAGAUGUUACAGUAUUUUGCAAGGGGGACGUAUCCGAACGUUUCGACUAUAGGCCUGAACGAUUUCUGGUAGAGGCUUUAAAUACCAGAGACCAAGCACCAAUCUUUUUUGAAGGUCAAGAAGCAGAGGAAAUCGAUUUAUCCGAUAGGACAGACUCUGACGAGUCUAUAAACCUCAUCGACUGGUCUAAUUACAGCUACAGAUCAUCUGACCAGCUCGGGGUGAAAGCGGAGACAAAAAAACCAACUAGCCAGUGCACGCGCGCCGAUUAUUAUUAUAUACUCAUGAUGGAAAGAUUAGGAUACAAACCUCCGGGCCUAUUGACAAAGCUCGCACUAGGAGCUAGUUUUUCUGUGACGAGAAACAAGGUUAAGAAACAUCCAAAGUCAUUGUGGGCGCGAAUGCUCAAUCAGCCCUCCCUCGACGCGAUGGGGCCGAUGGAAGAUCCAAAUCCAACGACCAGCACUAUCUCUAAGCGAUUAUCGCCUACAAUGAUCGAACCUAUGACGAUGACAGACCUUGCGGACGCGGUGGAUCCCAUGGAGAUAGAUCAAAUAUGA